CCACAUUUGUCCCUGUUCUCGACAUCACAACUCAAUAGUUCUCGAUCUGGAGGGCUCAGCAUCGUUGCUAGUGGCGCAAACUUCCACCACUUAUAUUACGAUCCCUGACACAAUGAUCUACGCUCGGGAGAGCCGGGGCCGACCACGAUUCAGGAAUCAGAACCCGGUUGUGCAAUAUACGGUGUGCAUACGCCGCGGUUUAUAUUUAAGACAAGCUCCAUCUCCAUUGAAUUUCAAGGUUACUUGCUCCAAUAGCUCCCGCUCGGUUCCGUUAAACUCUAACUUUCAGCUUUUACCCUCCAUCUUACCUCCACCGCACGUUCCAUUCCAAGUUGCCCCAGGAUGGCGCCACACGCAAGCUUGUCCGCCGCUCUUGUCGGUGCUUUGGCUACGACGGCGCUGGGCCACGGCAUGGUUACCAGUUUCAAGACCGACGGCAAGGAAAACCAAGGCUUCAUCCUCGAUUACUACUACGCCAAGGCCAACGGGCAACCCGUUCCCGACAUCGCGGCAUGGUACGCGGAGAACCUCGACAGUGGUUUCGUGGCACCGAACGAAUACCAAACCGCCGACAUCAACUGCCACAAGAACGCCUCGCCCGGAACACUCACAACCACGGUUGCCGCUGGCGGUAAAGUGCAGUUUAACUGGCCGGCGACAUGGCCGCACCCCUACGGUCCCAUCCUCACCUACAUCGCCAAGUGCAGCGGAGACUGCAGCCAGGCGGACAAGAGCAGCCUCAAGUGGGUCAAGAUCGAGGAGGUCGGCAUCGAUUACGCGACCCAGACGUGGGCUUCUCAGACCCUGGUCGACCAAGGAGGCGUCUGGACCACCACCGUGCCCAAGUCGAUCGCCCCCGGCAACUACGUCUUCCGCCACGAGAUCAUCGCCCUCCACGGCGCCGGCUCGCUCAACGGUGCCCAGAACUACCCGCAAUGCUUCAACAUCGAGAUCACGGGCUCCGGCACGGCGAACCCCGAGGGUGUGGUGGGAACAGCGCUGUACAAGAACACCGACCCCGGCAUUCACCUCAACCCCUACACAACCAUCACCGACUACAAGAUCCCUGGCCCGGCGUUGUUCAGCGGGUAAUGUGAUGGCUUUGGUCACAGCUCAAGGUUCCAACAAUCUCCAAUGGAAGAGGUGUAUAUAGUUUAAAUAUUGUCUUCAGAUGAUUCAGUGCUUCUGGCCCGGCUUUGACUUACCGUCUUGCGGCUCUGCAUGACUUGGAAUGUUGUGUGAGGACUUAGCAGAGUUUUAAAUUCGACCUAUUGAAAC